CCCAUUCAGUGAAGUGAGCAAUAAUGCGCAAAUCAAAUCGCAAUUUUCAUUCUGAAAACGGUGCUCCAGGUUACGGGAUUUUCUUACUGAAUUUCUUUUGAGUAGAAGGUCUUGCAGGGAUACGAUAAGAGCUGUAUAAGUGCAAAAGAGAGGUUGUGCCAAAAAUGAGUAAAUGGCAAAAUGGUUGCUUUCCAGAGAGGAUUUAUUUUCUGUCUAAACAGUGUUGCCAAUGUUAGGCUCAAAUUAGUGUCUGUUAUUAAUUGCGUAAAACGCCACAUUGCAAUUGUGUCACUAAAUUUAGUGUUUGCACACGGUAUGCUUGAUUUGAAGAUGAAAAUUUGGACAUUUUAAAGUACGACACAAAUGCUUUUAACUGUAAUUUUUAUCGAAUGAAACAAAGAACAAUAGUCGUACUAAACGUAAUUUUGCUAUUGGUAGCGGACCUAAGUGCAAUUCGUAGAAAUUUAUGAAUCAUUGGCAACGCAAUCAUCGUGCGAGAGUGAGUAUGAGCUGGUUCCGACCGAAAGUUUGCCAGUAGUUGACUUCCGCAGUUUGGUCGCUCGCUUGUUUUUGCUUGCUGUCACUCAGUGACACAAUUUGAUCGUUUUUACGUCAAUUUUGCAGUGUGGCGAGCUGUUGGGCGAGUCACUAAGAAAAUUUUUUGACGAGACGAAAUCGUCAUCAUCCAACCGUGCUAGUGCUAGCAAAACGAUCGCGACAGGGAAGAGGAAAACCGUAGCCAUCUUGUAAUACGACUUGGUCGGCCUGGUUUGCACCGUUUUCAGAGUAUUUUUUUAAUCGAAAAAGUAAAGCGGUUUGCGUUUGUAGACUCGUUGCGAACUGUUCCGUGAUUCGACCGUCCUGGUUAAGCUGGUUUCCGGUUCGUACGCGAAGGCUAGACCGAACUGCCUCUGACCCGUGCACGGGCACAUUCGUUUUUCCUCAUUUCAGUUUUCUUUCGGUUCUUUUUUAAUUCCCCUUUGUGAAUUUCGUGCGUUCCGCGUGCGUGUGUGUGCGUGAGUAGCGCAAGAGCCAAUAGGGGGAAAAAGAAGUAGGCGAAGAAGCAGACGGACUUUUUUCACAUCGAGCAAAAGCAAGGAACAGCCAGCCAGCAAGUAGCGAUUUCUGAAAGUUGGAAGCGGAAGAGCCAGUUUACUUCAGUUUUUACGGUCAAAACUUAGAGCCUAGCGGCCCAACACACAUUGCAAUCGCGCAGUACCGAUGGCGUUAAAAAGAAUUAAUAAGGAACUACAAGACCUGGGGAGAGAUCCACCCGCACAAUGCAGUGCCGGACCAGUAGGAGAUGACCUAUUUCAUUGGCAGGCAACAAUUAUGGGACCGCCAGACAGUCCGUACCAAGGGGGUGUAUUCUUCUUAACCAUACAUUUUCCUACAGAUUAUCCAUUCAAACCACCCAAAGUGGCUUUUACAACACGCAUAUAUCACCCUAACAUAAACAGUAAUGGUUCGAUUUGCCUCGACAUUUUACGAUCUCAAUGGUCACCUGCAUUAACUAUAUCGAAAGUGUUGUUAUCAAUUUGCUCUCUGCUAUGUGAUCCAAAUCCAGACGAUCCACUUGUACCAGAGAUCGCUAGAAUAUACAAAACCGAUCGGGAAAAGUAUAAUGAGCUUGCGCGGGAGUGGACUAGAAAGUAUGCUAUGUGAUGCGUUCCAGAAAAUAAUCUAGAAAUCAACAAAAACAACAACAUCAACCAGAGAACCAACAGUAACUACAGCAAAAAACAACAACACCCACUUGUAUCAGAAUUUUUACUUGUGCUACUCCUUCUACUACUGCUCCAACCGUCGCCACCCGUUCGCCGCAACAAUGUUGUCGCAGGUGACAAAGCCACCGCCACCGUCGCCGUCGCCGCCACCGCCGCCGCCGCCACAACCGCAACCGCUGGGACGAAAACUAGCGAUGAUGAUGAUGAUGUCGUUUCUGAUAGCAGCAGUAACAGUGUGACUCCUUCUCUAUCGACCACGAUCCUCCAGAGUUUCCGCCACCUCCAGAUUCCUCUUUUCUGCAGUCGUCGUCGCCGCCGCCGUACUCGUCCUUGUAAUUGUCGUCAUCCGCGCAAUGACCCACAGCAGUGGCUGCUGGAUGAGCACAUGUACCGAGGAGAUAAGCCACAGCAGCAGCAACAAAAACAAUAUGCAAACAAUACGUUUACUAUUAUUUAUUAACAUACACACAUACCAACAGAUUAAUGUCAUGAUGAUCAGCUGGGACAACAAGAUCAAGAACCGUUACUGAAAAAAGCUGAAAACAAAAGAAAAACAGUAAAUAAAUCUAUUGAUUACUCGUAAAAAAAACUCAAUAUCCGUUCUUGAAAUGAUCGUUUCGACGGCGAUUGUGCGCGUUGAUUUUUUGAACAAUUCCUCUAGAACCUUUCUCUCCGUCUGUGUACUACUACUUGUAUAGUGUUGAAGAAGAGCAUACAUAAUCGACUGGUCCCCUUUACGCCACUCAGCACUCAAACUACCGAAGCGAACUGCAACAACGGACAGCCGGUGCAAGCUGUGCGUCACGUUUUCUUCGCAAAAAAAAACAACCAAACCCGUUCUAGACAUGUUCCUUAUUUUAUUUUAUUUCAUUUUUGCAAAACCUUUCAACUUUUCAAACUUCAAAGUCUAAAUAGCAAAUUCCAGCCGCCUAUUAUUAUUAUUCUAACUAAUUUCCAAUCUGCAGAGAGCAAACAGACUGCAAGGUUUUAGAUUGCUCCGGCCAGUUUCGUGUAAUUUUGCCCCUCUUAAGCGAAAUCCAGCUCCAGCUUGAUGCUGUAAAAAAAAGAAAAGAAAUGUGUUUUUACUUUUUUUUUGUUUUGUAGCAACAAAAAAAACAAACUAUUGUGGACAAUUAAAAAAACAAAGUGAAGUCAAAUAAAUAGUAGUGAUCAAAACGUUAUAAUUUUAUAUUUGCUUUAAAUACAGCUUAUACUUAUCGUACUUUGAAACAGAGAAACAAAAAAAAAAACACUGCAAAGAAGAACAUUGUAGUACUAUAAUGCAAGCAUUUCAAAAAAAAACAAAACAAAAGCAAGAGGAGAUACAAGAUACUGAGAUAAGUGAGAUUUGAACAGAAACUUAAAUGAUGAUGAACAGCAGUGCAACCGUUCGAGGUUUAAAAAUAUGUGAAAAGCGAUAGGAAAAAACAGCAGAUUACAGAACAAGAAAAAAAACUAUAAUUAAUUUUUAUUAGACUUUUUUAAUUAGAAUAAUUAUUACUAUUACUGCUAUCUUAUUACUAAACACAUGAAAAAAAAAAUACUGGAAGUAAAGCGAAACAAGAGAGAUAAAAAUCCAGACGGUAAGAGUGUGUUUUUGUGUACGUGUGUU